AUGGUCAGACCGGCAAUGUUGUACGGGAUGGAAGCGGUCGCUGCGACAAGAGGUCAGGAGAAAAAGAUGGAGGUGGCGGAGAUGCAGAUGUUGCGAUUUGCACUCGGAAAGACCAGACUGGAUAAGAUUAGAAAUGACACCAUUAGAGAGACCAUUGGAGUUGGAGAACUUGGGAAGAAAAUGAGAGAGAGCAGACUGCGAUGGCUGGGACAUGUUAUUAGUAGAGACGAGGGGUACGUUGGACAGAGGACGUGCUACUCUGGCAGAGAAGGUGCGCUGAUGCUGGCUAGACCGCGACCUCGGAACUUCCACCAGUAG